AUGGAGGUAGAACAAAAGUCAAGUAAAAUGGAUAGGACAAUAGAGUUUUUAGAGAACUGUGAUUUAAAUCCAAAAUUUAAAGAACAAAAAUCUGGUAGUAGGAAUCCUUUGGCUGGUGUCAUAACAAUCAUCUAUUUUCCAUUGCUCAUCAUCUAUCUAUGGUAUACUAUUCAACCUCAAUAUGGAUCAUUACCAUCAUGUUGUGCAUGUGCUCUUUCAUCAACACCAAAUACAUCAUGGAUAUAUAUGGCAAAUAACGAUACAUGUGCCGAUAAUCCACAAUGUAAAGAAUUUGUUCAAACUCAAUUAAAACAAAAUUGUGAUGCAGCAUUACAAUAUUUACCAGUACCAGAUUCAAAUAUAUCUGUAAAUAUUGCACAAAUUGGAUGUGUUGGUUUAAAAGAAGGUGAUACAUGUGAUUCACAGUGUAUGGAUAUAUCAAAUCGUUGGAUUUCAAAUUUAGAUUUUACAUUUCAAGAUAAUAGAUAUCAAGCUGAAAUUAGAUGUCCUCUUCAAGUUGGUGCUUGUGAUUUUAAAGCUGUAUAUAGUGUUCAAGAAACAUCACCACAUGCAGUAUGUAGAUAUCCAGAGUUAUCAGGUAUUUUAACUAGGUUGGGAGCAGGUCUUGGUUUACUUAAUGGUUUAUUGGUAACAUUGAGAUCAAUGUUGAGAACCUAUUGGAAUAGAAUAGGUGUAAAGGAUGGAGGGGGUGGAGGAUUAUCAGAUUAUUGGAAGGGGUUGGCUAUUGGUGUCAUUUUCAAUUAUUUUGGUGUCAUGUAUUUAACUUUGGCCACUGGUAUCAACAAAAGAUUAAGAUAUGGUGGUCAAUUAGGACUUGGAUUUUUAAUUAUCUUUUUCAAGUCACCAUUUGUUGUAUAUUUAAUUAUAAUAUUUUCUCAAUAUUGGACACCAAUGUCAAUAUUAUUUAUGUUGGGAUGUUUAGGAGCGGCUGUAAUCAUACGAACUACAUAUAAUUUGGUUAAUUUAGAGAUUCAUUCACGCAACUGUGUAGUCAUUUCACAGGAUUUGGAACAUAUAGAUCAUUUUGAAGAUCAAAUGCGAUAUGUACCACCUAUAAAGAUCAAACCUGUCAUUUACUCGCAAUGGAGACAUUUCUUUGAAGGUUUUUGUCUCAAUGUGUUUGCUAUUUAUCCUCUGAUGAUCAAACAUAGUGUGCGUCGGUACAGUGGAUUAAAAGCAGGCUUUUAUUGUAGUAUUAGCUUUGUCCUACUUAUUCUCACAUGGGUACUAUUGUUUUCUUUGGAUUGGUGGAAAUACAUCACAUUUAAUUUCCCAUUCCCAUUGGACAAGGCUGCUAAAAGUAGUGUACCAAUGCCACCUUCAACAGAUUCAUCAUCUGCUGAUGGUUCAACUAGUACUAGUACUAGUACUGAUUCAUCGACACCAACUCUUUCUUUACACCUUCAACUUGUAACCCAACAAGAUUAUUACAAUUAUUUUAUGAAUCAUAAUAAUGGAUUAAAAGGAUUAGUUGGAAGUAGUAGUGGAUCAGCAGAGGAUAGUGGAUCAUUGGAUUUUAAUUCAAAUGAACAUUCUAUACUUUAUAAAACAGCUAUUUUGCAAUCACUAUACUUUGUCAUUACAUGGGUAUUCAUUAUGGUGAUUGUAUUCCACUUGUCACUUUUUAUAAAGUAUUUACCCGAACGCAAGAAUAUCAUACCGUCAUUUCUCAAGAAACCACAGGGUCGCAAGAUUGGAUACCGACUUGGGUUCUUUGUAUCUUUUAUCCCACUGGUCAUUACGUACAUGUGCUUUUUCGUCUUUCAAUUCUAUCCAUACGUGACACAACCACUACCAGCCUCACCGAGUCAAUGCCGCUUUCCAGGUUGGUCACUCAUUAUUCCCAUCCUCGGUAUCAUCCCGUCGUUUUUCAUGUUGGUGUUUGCAAGGACCGAAAGUUUUAGAUCGGGAACCUUGUCGGCGAUUGGAGUGUCAUUGGUGGUGUUUAACAUUGGCACAUCCCUACUCCUUUUCAACUAUUGUCUUGGAUCGACACAGGAAUACUAUUACCCCUGGAGCUGGCUCGUUGGUCUGGUGGGCACAUUCAUCCUCAUCUAUGGUUCCAUCCGACCAAACCAAAUAUUCAUAUUAGACAAAAAACAUUGUCAAGGUGAAGAUAGUUUGGAAGAUGAAAGAUUACUUCAAGAUAAAUUAAUCAUUUCUUAA